GGAUUUCCUGGGCCCGGCUUGGAGGUUCACCAUGGCGUUUGGGAAGAGCCACAAAGAUCCCUUCGGGACUUCAGUGGGCCACCUGAUAGAAAAGGCUACAUUUGCAGGCGUUCAGACUGAAGAUUGGGGCCAGUUCAUGCACAUCUGUGACAUGAUUAUCACCAGCAAAGAUGGGCCAAAAGAGGCAGUAAAAGCUUUGAAGAAAAGGAUUUCUAAGAACUGCAAUCAUAAGGAGAUCCAGCUUACCUUAUCACUUAUUGACAUGUGCAUGCAGAAUUGUGGCCCAAGUUUCCAGGCCCUGAUUGUGAAGAAGGACUUCAUUAAAGAUCAUCUAGUUAAGCUACUGAAUCCCAGAUACAACUUGCCUUUAGACAUACAGAAUAAGAUCUUGAGCUUCAUCAUGACAUGGUCACAGGGUUUCUCUGGAGGUGUGGAUGUGAGUGAAGUCAAGGAAAUAUACCUAGAGCUGCUGAAGAAAGGAGUCCAGUUUCCUUCUUCGGAGAUAGAAUUUGAAAAGGAGGAACAAAUGGCCUUGUCUCCGAGCAUAAUUAAGCCACCUCCAUUUGUUCCAUCUACAUCAGUAUGUUCAUCUACAGCUACUCCCAAAGCCCCAACUGUUUUACUGGUUGCGGAACAGAUUGGAAAAUUGCACAGUGAAGUGGAUAUGGUGAAAAUGAAUGUGAAAGUAAUGUCAGCCAUAUUGACAGAGAAUACACCUGGAUCUGAAAAUCGGGAAGAUAUGGAACUCUUGGAGAAAUUAUAUAAGACUGGUCGGGACAUGCAGGAAAGGAUCAUGGACUUGUUGGCAGUGGUGGAGAAUGAAGAUGUGACAGUGGAGCUCAUUCAAGUGAAUGAUGAUUUGAAUCAGGUUCUCCUUGGAUAUGAGCGGUUUUCUCGAAAUCAGAAAAGGUUCCUGGAGCAAAAUAAGAACCUAGGGGAGACCCAGAAGAAUAACUGUGAGCCUUCUGCCCCAGCCUGUGAUUUACUUGAUUUAAGUCCAGUUCCAAGCUCUCUGACUUCUGACUUGCCAUUGGAAGGAAUCCAUGCCAUGAGUUCUCAAUUUUCUGGUUUAAAUGUUAGCUCUCCACUUGCCACUGAUGCCAACCAUUCAAACCCUUUGCUUCACUCACAGAUGGAUUUACUGGCCUCGGAGAACCCAGAAAUAUCCCUGUUUCCUGAAAGGACAAAUCAAAACAUUUCUUCAGAUCAUCUGUAUGAUAAUGUGUUAACCCAUUUAAAUCCAAUCAUGAUGCAGCCAGCAAAUCUUCAGGCUGGCCAUGCAGGACCUUCAAGCUACAGGCCCCCAGCUUCAUCCAGCAAUCAACAAGCAAGGAAUGAUCCUUCGCCACCCAAUUACUAUGAGGUUAUGGAAUUUGACCCUUUCGCUCCAGGUGCCACUACAGAAGCAAUUUAUGAAGAGAUUGAUGCUAAAUGCCACAAGCCAAUUCAGAAUCAUACAAACGGCUGAAAGAUCUUUUUAGAGAAUUCCAUCAUCAUACUCCUCUGAUACAGUAGAUGAAAACUAUUUUAUUACUUCUUGAAUAAAUCAUAAAAUAUUUGAUAAAACUGGAGUUGUAAUUCAGGAAAUAUAUUGUUUAAGUGCCUUCACUUAAUUAAAGUUGAAUGUAAAAAUAAUCUUGCACUUCUGAAAAUGUUUCUGGCUUUUACAUUUUGAGCUAGGCCUUUUGCCUUUAAUUACUGUAGUUUACAUUUCAUGUUUGUAAUUGUCAUUGGAAAAUGUAUAAAAGUUCCCUUUUUAAAUGAUUUUUAACCUUAAAAUAAAAUAUAUUCUUUUCUUUUACUGUAAAA